ACGCGGGGGUCCUCCUGAAUUAAGCGCGCGAGCCGGCGAGCGAGGGAAUAAAGAUGUAGUGUGAGCGGUCUGGGCCUGAGCGGUGGAUGCGGAGGGUGGAGGAGCGGAGGGAGAGGAGAGAACAAGGAGUGUGCUGUGCCGCGCAGCAGAGGAGAGGAGAGCGAGAGCGGGCUAGGCGCCCCUGGGUGACUGACUGAAGCGGGCCCCGGCAGCUGGACCGAGCCAACGGACGGAGCGGGAGGGGGGAGAGUGAGAGACAGGGCAGAGGCGGGCUGGGAGGGGGGGGGACUGAGGGACGGAUGCACCGGCUGAUGAUCUGACGCUCGGGGAACUCCUCAAGGGGACCACGGAGACGGAGGGGUCUGCUGGAUGAAGAAGAUGCCCUCCCGAUGCAGGAAUACGUUGAACAUCGUUGUCACCACCCUCUUCGCUGCGGUGGUGCUCUUCGCCAUCCUGCUGGCCUAUGUCACCGGCUACCAGUUCAUCCACACCGAGCAGCAUCACCUGUCCUUCGGCCUGUACGGUGCGUUUCUCUCCCUGCACCUCUUCCUCCAGAGUCUCUUCGCCUACCUGGAGCACCGGCGCAUGCGGAGCCCCGCGCGGCCGCAGCACCUGCGCCGCACCGUGGCGCUCUGCAUCGCCGCCUACCAGGAGGACCCCGACUACCUGCGCAAGUGCCUGCGCAGCGUCCGCCGCAUCUCCUUCCCCGGCCUGAAGGUGGUGCUGGUGGUGGACGGAAACCGCCCCGAGGACCGCUACAUGAUGGACAUCUUCCAGGAGGUGAUGGGCGGUGUCGACCAGGCCGGCAGCAUGGUGUGGAAGGGCAACUACCACAGCGAUGGCAGCGGGGGUGGCGUGAGGGGCGGGGCCCGCAGCGCCGUGCACAUGGAGGAGGCGGUGCGCGUGGCGCGGCUGGCGCGAGGCUGCCGCUACUCUUGCGUCAUGCAGGAGUGGGGCGGGAAGAGGGAGGUGAUGUACACGGCUUUCAAGGCGCUGGGGGACAGCGUCGACUAUGUGCAGGUGUGUGACUCGGACACUGUUCUGGACCCAGCCUGCACCAUAGAAAUGCUGAAGAUCAUGGAAGAGGACCCGAUGGUGGGAGGCGUGGGUGGAGACGUACAGAUUCUCAACAAGUAUGACUCGUGGAUCUCCUUCUUGAGCAGCGUGCGAUACUGGAUGGCCUUCAACAUCGAGCGGGCCUGCCAGUCCUACUUUGGCUGCGUCCAGUGCAUCAGUGGCCCGCUGGGAAUGUACCGGAACUCCCUGCUCCAGCGCUUCUUGGAGCCCUGGUACCACCAGACUUUCCUGGGCUCCAAGUGCAGCUUUGGCGACGACCGCCACCUCACCAACCGCGUGCUGAGCUUCGGCUACAAGACAAAGUACACGGCGCGCUCGCAGUGCCAGACCGAGACGCCCACGCAAUACCUGCGCUGGCUCAACCAGCAGACGCGAUGGAGCAAGUCCUACUUCCGCGAGUGGCUCUACAACGCCCUUUGGUUCCACAAGCACAGCCUCUGGAUGACCUACGAGUCCGUGGUCACCGGCUUCUUCCCCUUUUUCCUAGUGGCUACCGUGAUCCACCUGUUCUACCGCGGGCGGCUAUGGAACAUCCUGCUGUUCCUGCUGACGGUGCAGUUGGUGGGCAUGGUGAAGGCCACCUACGCCUGCUUCCUGCGGGGAAGCCUAGUCAUGAUCUUCAUGUCGCUCUACUCGCUGCUCUACAUGUCCAGCCUGCUCCCCUCCAAGAUCUUCGCCCUGCUCACCAUCAACAAGGCCGGGUGGGGGACGUCGGGCCGCAGGAAGAUCGUGGUGAACUUCAUCGGCGCCGUGCCCGUGACGGUGUGGGCCACGGUGCUGCUCGGCGGCGUGGGCUACACCAUCUACUGCGAGACACAGGAGCCCUUCAGCGACUACGAGAAGGUGCUGCUGAUCGCCGGGCUGAUCCUGUACGCGUGCUACUGGGUCGUACUGCUGGUGCUCUACCUGGCCAUCGUGGCCAAGCGCUGCAACAAGCGGGAGGAACAAUACCACCUGCCGUACGCCGAGGCGUAGGAGGGGCUGCUGGCUGUCACGCGCCGCGCUGCGACUCUGUGAACUGCUAGCGACAGUCACGUCGCCAAAACAGCUGUUCUCUACUCCAGGCUGAACGAACCUGACCUAGGAAAGGCUCAUAUUUAUCAAUGGUGCUCAAAAGUUGUGAGUCUGAGAUACAGCAGCAAUGAUCCACUUAAGGGAGUCAAUAUUGAGACUGAAAAUACAUGUAACCCUCCAAUUCCCAAUGUCACUGUUGUAUGGUGCUUUACACUGUAAAAUCAACUGAAUGUUAUGCCGUUUUGGACGAUUCAUAUGUGCAUAUAUUCAUAUGUUUAGAAGAUCAAUAGAAAUCUGAAUGCAGGUUUACAAAUCAGAAUGGUUUGGGCAUUUUUUUGGUGAAGCACAGUUAUUACAAUUCUUAAGUACUCACAUUACAGUAAAGAAAAAGUUAAGAAGUUUCAGAGUCUAAGGGGUCAUGGCCGAGUGCAACCCUUCUCUUCGGUUAUGUGUGCUGUGGAUUAGUGUGAACAUUUUCAAAGAUGGGAUGAGAAGGUGCUAUAUUAUGCCGUAUUUUUCUCGCAUUUAUUAAAAGUUAAUUUGAAAACAAAUGGCGACCAUGCAUUGUAACUGACCACAAUGAAUGGCCCUUACAAAAAAAGGGGAAAAAAAUGCUUUUUUUCAUUCAUGUGUAACUGUAAAUAUUAGUAACUGACAAUAUUAUCAGGCCUGAGGCCGUAAAAAAGACUGUGGAUACAAUUGUGUCCCAAGUGUUAUAGGACCUCAACCUAUUCUGUCAAGCCGCUAAUAUUAUAAUCAUCUGCUGCAAUUUGAAUUGUUUGUAAUACACGUUUAUCAUUGGUACAGACAAUCUGCCAUUUCUACACCUGUAUAUAUACGUGUGUGUGUGUGUGUGUGUGUGUGGUGUGUGUGUGUGUGUGUGUGUGUAUGUAUGUAUGUAUGCGUGUGCAUGUUGGUACUGUUGAGCAGUUCCAGAAUAAGAGUCGUCCAUUGGUCUAGGUACGACCAUAUACCAGUCAGUUUACCAUUUACCAUCCAAGUUUUUGUAUAAGAAACAUUUAUAUUUUAAUAAGUGCCAAUUCACUUUCAUGUAAUGGUUUAAGGUAUGUUCCCAAACUAACUACCAACUAACCUUUUUAGUAGGUGGUUGGACCAAAUAUCUUCAAUGUAUCUUCAAAAAUUAGACAGUGUAAAAAACAAUGACCAAAGAGAAUCUUUCUGAGGUUCAAGGCAAAACUUAGUUUAUUAAAUAAUAAUUUCUUGGUUUUAUGGGUGACCUCGUCCUUGCUCUGUGGCUUAGAAACUAUUAAAAAAAACUCAAUUGGAAUAAAUAAUUUAUUUAUCAGGAGGGAAUUUUUUUAUUUUUUUUCACACCUUCAACGGCAUCAAACUAUUUAAAAAUGUAAACUCUGAAGUAAUUUUGCCGUAUUGCAUUGUCUCACUAAAUAUAAGUGACAUUUCUGUUUUUGAAUGUGGAGGUUUUCACUUGUGCUACUUAAGUUAUAUCGGAAACCUGACUGACAAAAAGUAUAAAGUAACUGACUAGGGGGGCCCUUUCUAAUGGUUCUCUGUGCAUGAGGCGGCCAGCUAGUAGAAUUCCGUAUCAGCGGUGAUCAGAAUUUUCCUAAUGAAUUCUAAAUUCUCUUUACCCACACACAUCUCCCAUUCAUACCAAGUCGGGAGGCUGCGUUAAAUGACUUCCUCUGCAUGCAUUUUAUUAAUUUAGUUUGAGCAUCUCUCAUUUUAGAUUUUCGUUUUUUUCUAUCUUUUGUUUGCAAUAUAAUAGGGCUGUGGUUCCAAGGUAUUUUCUGUUAAUCUUUUAUGUAUCCCAGUAAAACAAAACGGUUCAAAAUGCAUUUGAAGGUUGACAUAAAUAUAUUUCCAUCCAACACCAUUAAAAACGUGGUGAAGCUCACGUUGACUUUUGACAUGGACAUUUUGGCCGGAACUCAAAACACCCUAGCCGCUAUAGGUUUGAUUAACAGAAUGAACUGCCGCUGCAAAUGUUUAACUACUACUUGAACUAAAAGCCUUGUAUUCAGAGACUUUGGGACUUGAAUAAAAAAAAGUACUAUCCAAUGUGCCUCUUAGGGUUUUAGGUGCAGUUGUUUGUAUGUGUGUAUACGAUGUAGGGAGGUGUCUGAAAAAUGUUGGAAGAGGUCUUUUUCAACAGUUGAAUGAAUUGAUUCAGUCACCCUUAAGCAAGGGGUGGAGCCAUGUUCACCUCAAUGUGCUCACAACAACACAGUGAGCUGCCUUCAUCAAAUACACUCAAGAGUUCCUGGCCUGUUUUAUGUUUGUUUUUUAACCGAAAGUAAGAGGGAGCCGCGCCAAGUGUUAUGAACUUCUGCGAAUGUAAUAGGGCAAUAUUUCCGUUAGCUUGUUCCUGUCAUUCCAACCAUUUCUUUUUCAGAUUCUUUCCAUUCGUGUGUUGAUAAAGGUGAUACUGCUGGAUGCUUUAGGACAGGUCACCAACAUAAAAUGAUACAGGUUUUGGGUGGUUCAAGAGACAAGGAGAUGUUAUUUAUUCAGCACGCUCAAGAGUUUUAAGAGGAACUGCAUGAAAGGCUACCUUGAUUUAAUUCCCUUUACCUUUGUUUCUGUUUGAAGUAUGCGUCAAUAUGUACUCCUCCAUGAGCCAGGACAGAGUCUGCGUCUUUAUGGUCCGCCACUCAAUGUACUGAAAUGUCUGUUUAUAAUAUACUUCUUCCACACAAUAAAAUGGUCCAUGUUUUAAGGAAAUAUGGAGACAUUA